CCCCCCCCCGCUUCCUUCCCUGUGUUGACGUGAGACGCGACGAUGCGAGCAACUGCUGCGGUCGCGUUGGUGGCCUCGCUUGCGAUGGCUGCCUUUGCUGCCGACCCAGAGCAAUGCGGCCUGUACGAGUCUACUUGCCAAAACCUCGGCAACGACAAAGUUUCGACCAGCAUGGUCAUCAGUGGGGCAUACACUGGCGACAUUCUCAUUGUCACUGAGCGCUUCUCCGACGGCACUUGCAGUUCUGCGGAUGUCUCAAUUCAAGCUGUCGGCCACUGGAUGGAUCUUGGCAACGACACUGGCGUGGGCCGCUACUGGCAAGUGACGUACUCCGAGGUGACGGUCACCCCAAACACGGACGCGUGGGUGCAGAAGCUGAACAACGAAUGCCCUUGCACCGGCAAGUGGAAGAAGGGUCAGGAGCGCGCCCUCACCGCCUGCGUCCCAGGCACGUGCGACACGACCGACUGGGUCGGCGGCCUUACUGGUGCCAACACCAAAGGCAUCCAGAUCGGCAACCCGGCAUUUGGCUUCUCCUCCGCUGACGACAAGGAGAUUACCAUCUCGUUCCUGGAUGCGGACUACUCCACCGGCAUCGGCCUCACACGGCAGGACACCUGGCAGACUGUCACACGCUCAGAAGGGUGUGGAGCGACGACACCACGGCAGUCGUACUGCGGCGUGUGGACGCUUCGCUGCAGCCCCAGCUUCAUCAGCGGCGCCAUGGCCCGCACCGGCCAGUUUGUCUACGAGGGGCCCGUCGCUGAUCUGUAUGCGUCUGGCAUCUACAAGGACAAGACUACGUACUACGCCGACUCUGCGUGCGCCACCCCCAUGUUCAGCGUGGAGACGGAGGCCACCUUUGAGACCAACGGCGUCAACAUCAACAUUGACGGUGCGGACAUGGUGAAAUACAACGCGCCGUUCAUGCUGGUGCGCCCGCUGACGGACGACGCGACCAAGAUGCUCAAGCACGACUGCCCCUGCGGCAACCAGGACCUGUGGGCCACCAACACCGCACGCCGCCUCACCUCGUGCACCCUCGAGCAGUGCAACGUCGACUUCUGGAACAACCAGACGCUGACAGCGGGCACCUUCCACGGCAACAUGUAUGCGGUGUCACGCAACGACUCCACACCUGAGCUGCGCCGCACCCCCGUCGUGUCGACGCCGUUCCAGGCCAAGUCGCAGAGGCCCGGCGACCUGCAGGAGCCAUACAUUCUCUCUGAGGACACGUGCAAGUACCCUUACGACUCUGUGCUUGAGAUCUGCGGGUCGUGGAACCAGAAGUGCCAUGGCGUGCUUGCCGCUGACGAGGAGAUUAGCCUGGUUAUCACAGGCAGUGCCGGUGACCCGUCCCAGGGAGAGGGCACGGGUGUGAUCACGCGGGAGCGGCUGCGCUACCAGCACGGCAGCGGGUGCUCCAGCGAGCCGUCCAUGAUGAUCAACGACGUUGGCUACUGGACAGACAUGGGCAACAGCACCACCGUCCCCGGCGCGCGCAACAUCCUCAUCACCUUCACCGAGACAGUUGCAGAGGUGUUUGACAACACCUCACGGGCGCUGCUGAACAACCACUUCAACGGCUGCCCCUGCAACGGCACGUGGGAGAUUGGUCGGGCGCGUGUGCUGCACAAGUGCCCGCCCAAGACGUGCCCAGACCGCUUUGGCAUCUUUGGCAACGGCGCCAUCGGCACGCCUGGCUACGGCAUCAUCCGCGACCAGGAGGACCUGUUCCGCAUGUCAUCGCUGCACGACAACCCAACGGACGGCUUUGACGAGUUCCUUCAGCUUGAUGACUACCCCUUCCACCAGACAGAGCUCUGCCGCCCACCGCCGCUGGAGGAUGAGUAUGGUGGGGUGUGGGAGCGCCCGUGCAACCCCGGUGACGCUGGCCUUGACUUCAAGGGCGUCAUGGAGAUUAAGGGCAACAAGUACGAGAUGAGGCACACCUUCUACACCGCAGGCUUUGGCUGCCUCGGCACCGUGGCCCUCCGCUUCCUGCAGCAGGGCAAGAUUGACAUUGGGUCGCGGCCAAACCAGAUCCCCAACGGUCGGGAGCUGACGCUCAAGCCGGCCGCCUUUGAGGUCACCCCGCUCAACCAGGAUGCCGUCAACGCCCUCACUCAGGAGUGCCCCUGCAGUGUUGGCGCCACAAUCUGGGCCGUCAACCGCACCAUCACCUUCAAGCAACCAUGCCCGCCCAACACCUGCAACAACUUUGCUUUCCUUCGCCAGCCACUCGGUGGGCACGCCUACGGCGUGCUGCUUCGUUACGGCCAGUUCCUGCGCAUGACCAAACUCCUCAGCGACAAGGUCCACGGCUUUGCACAGAGCUUCACAGCGCAGGACUUCUACUGGGUGCUGGCCAAGUCUGCGUCAAACAAGUCGGGCAACAAAGGCAUUGAUGCUGGCGGCGUGCUGCUGCUCAUUGCUUUCUUUGGCGGCCUGGCCUAUCUCGCCGCAGGCAUGGUCUUCAACUACCAGCGCUCGGGCGUGCCUCGCAUCCCGCACGCGGAGUUCUGGACCAGCCUGCCCGGCCUCAUCAGCGACGGCUUUGCGUUCACGCUCUCUGGCUUUGGUCUGUUUGGCCGCAGCCGCAAGUAUGCGGCUAUGACCAACGUCGCGGAGACAGACACCUCCAGCUACGGCGCCCUCUAGAUGGAGACUUUUGGUGCCGCUGUGUGUUCCGGCCUGUCUCCUUAUCCCUCCCACCUAUCACCCUUCCUCCUCUCCCUUAUGUUUCCACACAUCGUGUGUCUCAUCAAGUCGGUUUGUGUGUGUGUAUGUGUGUGUGUUCAUGUAUGUGUG